AUGGGAGGGCCAGCUACACGUGUACUUCUUAUUCCUAAAGGCAAUAAUAAUAAUUCUCAUGAUGUACAUAUCACAUAUAAGUGGGACUGUAAUGUGAUUAUUGAUCAUGCUAGUAAAUUUUCGAAUACUAAUCACAAUCGUUACAUUAUUUUUAAACUAUAUUUGCAAAACAUAUUUCAGAGACCACGGGAAUCUUCUACUACAGUUAUUAUUCUUGAUUAUGGCAAUUUGAUGGGUGAACCAGCUACACGUGUACUUCUUAUUCCUAAUACUGGACGUCGACAUCAGUUACGUGUACACUGUGCAGUGGGUUUGGGUCAUCCAAUCGCUGGAGAUAUCACUUAUUCACGUCGUCCAUUCAAUCAUAUUGAUGUAGAAUACAAGCACGAUGUUUAUAGAACUCAUAAUAUACACCUGGAUUAUAAACUAAAACGUAUGAUGUUGCACGCCUACUAUAUGGAAAUGAAAUUGAGAAUGAAUGAUGACUCCAAUGAUAAUAAGUGCCGAAAAAGGCUGUCAGUGGAGAAGAAUUAUCAAUUUCAAACAGGUGAAAAUCCAUUUUUUGAUGCAAAUGAUUCUUAUCUUUGGAUUGAAGAAGAGAAUUUGUUAUCACAAACGACUAGUUAUUCACUAGACGAAUAUAUCAAAAAUGUCAACUUUUUUACUUCCUGA